GGCGCUCUGGGCGCCAGCUGAGACAUCCGGACGAUCAAGACCAACAACGCCCAUCACACACAGCCUCAAACCGUCAGCCUGGGCCUUGGCCAUGCUCGCGUGCCCCUUCACACUUUUGCCCUCCGCUUCCGUGCCUGCCUCGUAAUCUUUACAUGUCCUAGUUGUUCUUUCUUCUUCUGUUUGGUAGACGCCAUACACGUCAACACCGACCGCAGCAUACCGUAUACCGUAUCUUCGUAAUACUGUCACACAGCGCCUCCCGACGCUAGACUUUCGCCUUUGUCUUGGCCUUCUCUAGCCGCCUUAAUGCGCUUGUCCCUUUGAUCCAUUGUCUGGACUUGACUUGCAUUCUUCUCUUCUCUGUCUGUCGCCAUUAGACACCCACUCUCGCAAACAUGAGAACCAUCAAAGGCGUCGGCGUGCCAUCGGUUCGCCUCGUCCUCUCCUAUAUCUUCGACUGGAUCGUCAUCAUCGCCAUUGCAGCCAUUGCCGGCGGCUGGGAGUAUGUCGAGCCCUUCCGACGACCCUUCUCGCCAGUCGACCUCUCGAUAUCGUACCCGUACCAGACCAGCGAAAUGAUACCGACAUGGCUCCUCGUAGUCGUCUCACUCAUUGCGCCCGCCGCCAUCGUCAUGAUCGUAUGUCUUGUUUGGGUCCCUGGACCAACUGCCGAACGCGGGACACCCAAGUCGCUCAUUUGGAGGAGGAAACUUUGGGAAUGGAACACCGGUUGGAUGGGCCUUGCGCUUUCGCUCGCGACUACAUUCCUCAUCACACAGGGCAUGAAGAACCUCUUCGGAAAGCCGCGACCUGAUCUUUUGUCAAGAUGUAACCCAGACCUGGAACGCAUUCGGGAAUUCGCUGUCAAUCCUGUUGUUGAAGAGGUCUUCAACCCAGCCUGGGUCCUCGUCACCUCAGGAAUCUGCCAGAACACCGAUCAGGACAUCCUUAAAGACGGAUUCAAGUCCUUCCCCAGCGGCCAUUCCAGCUUCUCCUGGGCCGGCCUCCUCUACCUAACCCUCUUCCUCGCCUCCAAAUUCUCCGUCGCAAUCCCUUUCCUCCCCCACCGCCCCUUCUCCACAAACCCCGCCCACACCUCUGCCGUCUCCCCCUCCAACCUCAAGAAACAAGCCACCCUCCCCAUCCACAAACAAGACUCGUCCCUCUCGUCCCCAACUUCGUACAACGACGACGCCGUAGUACCCAUCCGCUACCAAAACGCCGCUCCACCUGUUUACACCCUGGUCCUCAUCUUGGUCCCCAUCUGCGCCGCUAUCUACAUAACAAGCACCCGCUUUACCGAUUUCCGCCAUUUCGGGUUCGACAUGUUGUUCGGUACGCUGAUUGGCGUGACGUGUGCGUGGUUCUCGUUCCGCUGGUAUCAUCUCCCCAUUACACGGGGUGCGGGAUGGGCCUGGGGACCUAGGAGCUAUGAUCGCGCCUGGGGCAUUGGUGUCGGCAGGGGAAGUUAUGUUGGUACAGAGGGCUGGAGCAGGAACGGAGCCAGUGAGACUGCGCUUAGGAGACGCGCAGAUGCCCAGGGCACUGCGAACGGGCAUAGUGUGGAUGAGAGUGAACUGGGUGUGCUGAAUCGUAAUGGCGCGCCGCAUGCUGGGAAUCCACCGAGCUCAAUGCACUCGAGGGGAGGUACUGCGCAGGAGGUUUGAUCUUUGUUUCUUUUAAUACCACAUAAUGGAUUGGGAAGCAUGGCGUUUGGUGGAAUGCGUGUCUUAUAGCGUAGACAGAUGGGAAAAGGGUAGUCAUCAGAGAUGGUGUAUACCAGGUUGGCUACUUUGCACAUAUUUGAGUGUACACUCAAAGAAUUGAGAACUUUAUGUCAUUGCUCUAGAGAUUGCUAUAGU